AUGGAAGACGGGUCUGAAUUCUCAAUGACCCCGGCAACACCUCCCAGAUCGAGAGGAAGAAGAGCUUCAAAUAUUGAUGAUGAGCAUGGCGCUACAUUUUCUAGCGGGAUAUCUUUAGAGACGCCCAAGAGACAGCAACAACUAUCCAACCCUUUGACCCCUCUAACUACGACAGCAUUUAAGGCUCCCUCCAGCUCUAGUUCGACACUAUUACCUUCUUCAGUUAACAAGGGUGUCAAGGCUAACUCAAGAAAUUCUGCUAAUAUAUGUAAGACACCUGAAUAUACACCCAAUAAUAAGGAAUCGACUACAAGAAAUGUUUCUGGAUUGAAUAGAGUAUCCCGAGUGCUAUUUCCAAUGGCAUUCCAAACUGAAGAAAAAUCAUACAAUUUGGAAUCUCAUAAUGUUAAUGAUUCUAAAACAGAUUUAUUACCUCCAAAGAGAACGGCAUCACGACCCUUGCUCGAUGUCCUCACUUCAUCACCAAUUCAAGAUGGAGAGACGAAUUUUGCCAGGCUGAAACUUUUAAAGCAAGAUCCCGGUACGCCCAGUGAUCGAUUAAUUACCCAAGAAGAUUUAGACGAGUGGUAUGUAAAAGAAUCAGCAAACAUGCCCUUAGACUCAGAUGAUGAAAAAGAUGAAGUUUAUAUAACAAAAAAAAUAAGCAAUCCAUUUGAGUCAAACGACCAUAUACACAAUAUUAAGGAUAGUACUUUCAACAACAGUAGUAGUAGUAAUAAUAUAUUCCAAGAUUUAGAGACUGAAGAGGAUAAUCAUGCAAAAUUACUGAAAAAUAAUCCAGAUAUAGAAGAUACAAUAACGUAUGUGAAUAAAAAAGGUGCUGUGGUACAGCAACGAAAAUUGACAGACCUGGAAAAACAACGUUUUAAGCCAAAACGCUUAUUCUCCACUGAACUUCAGAACUUGAAUAAUAAUUCUAAAUGA